CAAAUACUAUAAACAAAAACAAAAUAGAAUAUUAUAUUUAAUCUGCUACUAUGUUAAUAUAAUUUUUAAUUUACUACGUUAAUAUAAAUUUGUUAUAAUUUGUACCUAUUUAGUAUUUACAUAUUUGAAAGAUACGUUUAUGUUGUUCAGGAAUUGUAUCCGUCUUCUAUGAAUUAUGUCUGUAACCUUACAUACAGAUGUCGGUGAUAUAAAAAUUGAAGUAUUCUGUGAAGAAUGUCCAAAAACCGCAGAGAACUUCUUAGCAUUAUGCGCCAGUGACUAUUAUAAUGGGUGUUCGUUUCACCGCAACAUCAAAGGAUUCAUUGUUCAAACUGGUGAUCCAACUCAUACGGGUAAAGGGGGUUCAUCAAUUUGGGGUCGAAAGUUUGAAGAUGAAUUCAAAGAAAAUUUGAAACAUAAAGAACGAGGAACUAUAUCAAUGGCUAAUAAUGGGCCUAACACGAAUGGUAGCCAGUUUUUCAUUACAUAUGCAGCUCAACCAAAUCUGGAUUUAAAAUAUACAGUUUUUGGAAGGGUAAUCGAUGGAUUUGAAGCUAUAGAUGAACUAGAAAAAUUACCGGUGAAUUCAAAAAAUUUUAAACCUUUGACUGAUGUGAAAAUACAAUAUAUUUCCAUUCAUGCGAAUCCUCUGGCAUCAUAAAUAUUACAUUAAAAGAAUCUAAUAAUUAAUGUGUAAUUACUAAUUAGUGAUAAAAUUAUUUUGAAUACAAAUUUUAUAUGUAAGUUAUUAUAAUAAACUGCAUGGACUGAUU